CCACAACAUGCUUGACGCGACACGCUCAAUUGAGUCUUUUCGAACUUGGAUUUUGGGAGGCGAUUAUUCCUUGGUUGUACAUUAACGACAUCACAUAUCCUUGGCACCUACUGCAGCUGCAUUACUUGUCCCUUGUCAGCGCUGUAGCGCCUUUGUUAGCUCCCACCCCAGUGGUGCCUCGGCUUUGUCUUGGGCCCCGAGUUCUGCCAGCACCGCGCCAACCAACAGUCUUGCAAGUACUUACCCACUACCACUUACCUACCUGCACCUCCGGCACGGCAAUUGCGAUUGGGCAGAGAACACGACACACGCUCAAACCAUGGAGGAAAAAGAGCUCAACGCCUCUCUCGUCGCCAUUGUCAAGGACCUCUUCUUCGGCCCCGGCCGCGAGGACCUCUCCGUCAACACCGUGCGUACCAGGUGCGAGAAGGACAAUGGCCUCGAGGAAGGAUUCUUCCUCCAGGGAGACUGGAAGGCAAAGUCUAAAGACAUAAUCAAAACACAGGUGAACGAGCUCAUGGAGAGGGAAGAGAGAGGCGAGCUCCCUGCCACGCCGGUGUCAAACGCGCCAAAGUCUAAGGGCAAGGCGGCUCAGAAGAAUGGCACUAAGAAGGCACAGCCCAAGGCAGCCAAGGCCGCGCCCAAGAAGCGACAGACCAAGCCCGCGCCCAAGGCCCCAGUGGAGUCGGGAUCCGAGCUUAGCGACCCGCCCGACGAGGACGAGGACGAGGGCGAAGACGACGAGCAGGAUGAGGACGAGGAAUCGGAUGACUACGAGGAAGAGAAGCCAAAACCCAAGAAGAAGCAACCCAAGAAAGCCAAGGCACCGGCGCGUGGCCGCAAGCGCAAGGCCGCCGAGACAGACGACGAAGAGGACGACGAAAAGUCAUCCGUCGUGGCCGACGGCAUCGAGGUCUCGACCACGGGCGCCAAGAAGCAGGAGGCGGACACCAAGGAGGACUCACCCCUGUCCGACGCCCCAAAGAGCGAAAAGGAAGAGGCGAAGCCCCCCGCGGCGGCCGCCGGGGCGGGGGAUGACAGCAGCGAGCUGUCCUCUGUGAUCGACGACGAGCCCCCGCCGCCCAAAAAGCAGCGCAAGACAAAAGCGGCGGCGGCGAAGAAGGCCAAGGCGGCGGCGGCGGCGGCGAACGACGACAGCGACGACAGCAGCGAGCUGUCCUCGGUGGUAGACGACGACGAGCCAGCAGGCAAGAAGAAAAAGAAGCAGCAGAAGCCGAAGGAGCCGGCAUCAGGCGGCAAGAAAGGCGGCAGCAGCACCAGCAAGGCGCGCAAGACGAGCAGCGCGGGCGCCGGCGCGGCGGAGGCGGCGGACCCGCUCGAGGCCGAGGUCAAGAAGCUGCAGGGCCAGCUGGUCAAGUGCGGCGUGCGCAAGGUGUGGGGCGUCGAGCUGAGGGGGUGCGGGGGCGACGCCGGGGCCAAGGUCCGGCACCUGCGGGGAUUGCUGCGCGACGUGGGCAUGGACGGGCGGUUCUCCGAGGCCAGGGCCCGCGAGAUCAAGGAGCAGCGCGAGCUGGCCAAGGAGCUGGAGGCGGUCAACGAGAUGAAUGACCUCUGGGGCGGCGCGACGGGGCGCCGGAGCCGGCGGGCCGCGGCGCCCAGGGGCCGGCUUGCGGAGGACAGCGGUGAUGAUGAUGAUCACGACGAUGAGGAGGAGGAGAAGGAGGACGGCGGUGGUGGCAAGGGCGGCGGCGGGGACGGGUCGGGUCUCAAGGGCGCUGCGGCCCGGGGCGCGAGCGACGAGGACGAGGACAGCGACGCGCCCCCGAGGGUCAGCGGGCGGAGCAGGAAGGUCAGGCCCGAGCUGGCGUUCCUGGGGGAUGACGAUAGCGAUGAAGACUGAGUGAAAGAUGGCCCGCCCACCUCUGGCUUGUACCCUACGGGGUUUGUGUGUGUGAGGCCGGCCCACUGGACAUGAAAACGGGGUUUCUGCUUUUGCUAUUCUGACCGGCGCUGCCGCCCGGAGUAUGGCGUGGAGGUUCCCGAGACGCAUGGUCUUGUUCAUUUGGGGAGGGGGGAGCUUGUCUUCGCAGGUAUUGAUAUUCAUAAGUCAGCCAGCCAGUGAGUGCCCAUGGAGUUUGGUAGGUAGGUAGGUAGGUAGUUUUAUGGGCUUGGGGGCAGCUCAUGUAUGAUUACGACGGCCGUGUUGGAGCGGGCGGAUGGAAUGCAUGCAUGGGACCGAGCCAGCGCAGCGCAGGACGGACAGCUCUAUUGCUUUCAAUCGAUGAAUCAACCAACAAACACUGCCUGAACCAACGCCGCGGUCGAUUUGCCCGGCCUUCUUAAGGGGGGAAACCCAUCUGAUUUCCAACCACCGAGCGAGGGGCUGGUGGCGCAACUGGUUCAAGCUUAAUCGCUCCCUGUUCUGUCAGGUUUUCUGGGUGUGCCAGUUCCUCGAAGGUGCCUUGUUCAACCCCCGGGCAUUGCAACUUCUUCGAAGGCGCCUUGUUCACCCCCCGGACAUUGCAACUUCUGCUCGGCCUUUUUUUUUCCUUUUUCCUUUUUCUUUGGUUUGUUUUCCUCCCGUUCGUCUCCCUGUCUCCCACCCACCCUACGUCAUGUGCCCGACUGGCUGAGUGAGUCUACGGUCUGUAGCAGGCAAGCUUUCCAGGUAGGUACCCAGGACGGUGAGCGUCAGUUUCUAUCCCUCCCCCUCCCCCUGCCCCUCCCCCUCCCCCAGCUUUCCUUCCUCUGGCCUCGCACCGCAGACAUGCAUGCAUGCCCUUCACGAUAAAAUGGAAGCCUCUUCUCUUUGGACUCUAUCGCCCCGACUAG